UGAAAAUAAACUUGAAAAAUAUUUAUGUGGUGUGGUUCAAAUUUGGAACUAUAAAAUAUUAAGAAUUGAUAGUGUAUAUAAAUGCUACAAAUAUUGAAAUAUAUUAAUCAUGUCCUCUGCUAUAUGUAAAUCUUUUCGUAGCAACCGUUAUAAAUCCAUCAAUAGGCUACACUUCCGCGCCUCAUCAACAGCAUCAAAAAAGUUUCCCUUUCCGUUCUUGGAUUUUCCCAUCAUACCUAAAAAACCUCUGGUAAACAUGGACACCGUUGAAGCUCAAUUUGUUCGUGAUACAAUUGCCAAAAAUAAGGUUGCAAUAUUUAGCAAAACUUAUUGUCCCUAUUGCACAAUGGCCAAGGAGCCAUUUCGAAAACUGAAGGUUAAUGCAAUGAUAGUAGAACUGGAUGGACGUAAAGAUGGCAAUGAAAUUCAAUCUGUUCUGGGCGAAAUGACUGGUGCCCGCACGGUGCCCCGCGUGUUUAUAAAUGGCAAAUUUGUGGGCGGCGGCACGGACAUUAAGCGAAUGUACGAAUUGGGAACUCUGCAGAAAUUCUUUGAAUAAUCCUGUUAAAGAUUACAUAUUUUGAACAUAAAUAAAAAAUGUAGUGCAAAUUUUUCAAUUA